AUGGCCAAGCAUGAUAAGCAGGGUUUCUCCGUGCGCGCGCAGUGUCACAUCUGGGUGUGGAACUGGAGGCUCAAGAAGCAGAAGGGGCUGUGCGCAUGGCACGCUACGUCGAGUGGCACGUGGUGGGGCUGGCAUGCGCAGUCCCAGUCCGCGCCGUCCCUGGCCAACAUCGGGGACUACCUCGCGAAGGCGAUCGCUGGUGCUGGGCUCGAUGCCGACCCUGAGGCGAAGCGCUUGGCGACGGAGUGCACCACGUUGGUCACGAACAAGCAGCUGGCGGGCCCUCCUCCCUCCAAGCCCCCGCACGCGCUUCUCAAGGAGGCUACGGCGGAUUGGUCGCGCAAGCAGGUGGCUUUGGAGGCGGCCGCCAAGUGGCUUGAGCAUGGUCGUCUUCAGCUCGAGAAGGCGCGAGCGAAGUUCGACGAGGCGGCGGACGAGGUCUUGGCGGCAGAGCUGCAUCGCGUGGAGGUGCAGGAGACGGCGGCCCCGCCUGAGACGGCCAAGCCCUCGCUGUUCGCCCUGGGCCCUGAUCUGUUUUGGAGUCUGGACGAGCUGGAUGCGUCGGACAAGCAGGCGCCAGAGGCUUUCCAGAAGCAGCUGGGGGACAUCACCCUGCGGGCGGAGGCCAAUCAGGAGGAGAUCCAGGCGCUCCUGGAGCAGGCGCGGUCGGCGCACAAGGAGGCGGCGACCAAGCGCGCGCCCAGCAAGGCCAAGGCCGUCGUGCCGGAGGCUGACCAGAAGACCAUACUCGAGCGCAUCAAGGCCGCCGCCAAGGCCCAGGCGGCAGCUGCCUCUGCUUGCGAGGGCCUGGGCGGCGGCAAGGGCGCUGCGCCUGGCAGAGGUGCACGGCUGCAGGAGUACAUGAUCAGGGGGCUGCGCCCGAGGUCUGAGAGCGGCCUGUCUGGGGGCGAGUGGAUUCUCGCGAAGAAGCACAUUGCGACAUCGAGCUUUGAGAGCGUUCGACAGUCGGCGCGCGCUGCUGGGCGCCAGGAUCCUCACCGCGCUUUCGCGCCGACGGCGAUCCACACCAAGGGCGGCAAACCGGUGCUCAUGGCCGCCUGCCUCCAGCCAGGCUUCGGCGUUCAAGGCUGGCGCAAUGAUGGGUUGGUGGCGCCGGGCGCGUUCGCGCGCGCGCUGGCGGGCCCCUGGCUGGCCGUGGCGGACUGGAACAUGGGGCCCGCGGCCUUCGAGAUCAUUGGGGGCCAAGCUUUGCCGUCUGACCUGCACGAGGGUUUCGAGGAGUUGGGGCCGCCUGUGGAGCCUCCUGCGCCCGUGGCCUCCUUCGCCAUCCCUGAGGGGGUCUGGCUCGGGACGCAGGCGCAGGUGCAGGCCGUGAUCGGAGCUCUACCUUUGGAUGGGACAGUUGAGUGCUUCGGCAAGAAGUCCACAGCAGAGGAGAUCGAUCUAUGGAAGAUUACGGCCGCCGUCUUGCCAUUUGGGAUGUUCCAGAAAGUUUGGCCCCAGAUGCGGUCCGAGAGCUCGGCGUCGCGGAUGCCGGUCGACCCGUCCGCAAUCGCCUGUGCCUUCUCCAUAGGCUCAUUCUGCCUGCUGGCCCGCUCCGCGCCGCCGGCGCCCAUCUGCGGUUGCCAGUGCGACUGCGGGUCUCCUGGCUGGUCCACCGCCCAGCUGCUCGCCGUCGCGGCGGGGCAGCUCGUGACGGGCUGGUUCGCGGCCCGCUGGUGGGCGCCACCGAGGCGCUUCUGGGCCCUGUUCGACGCGUCGGAGGGGGUCUGGCACGAGCGCCUGGUGCUGCGGCGCACCGUCGGGGGCCACGUGGUGCUCACGCCCGACGGCGACGUCUAUGAGGAGCUGCUGGAGGACUACGAGGCUGCUCUGCCUAGUGGUGUGGCUGGCGGCAUCCCGAGCCGGCUCUACGGGCCGAAGAUCUUCCGCUACGCCUUCCGCCCGGGGGACAUCGCUCACGGCAGCGCCUUCCGGCGGAGAGCCGAGGCCUACCUGGCUGGCUGGGCUGGCGCGCCUCCGGCGGCCGAGGGAGGAGGGCGGGUGCCCGCGCCCCUUGCUGACGCUGGCGCGACGUCUGCCCCCGCGCGUGGCGCGCUGGUGCCAGCCGCCGACGUCGACCCAGGCUUCUAUGACCCCGACGCGCUGGUGGCGCACGCCUGCCUCGUGGGCUCCGAGUGGUUUGUCGGCGAGAACCAGGGUCCCCGCCGUCGCGGGGAGAGCAUCACCAUCCGCCCUUCGGACCUCGCAUUCGGCGUCGCGGGCCAGGCCCUGCUGUGCCGGGAGGGAGUCUGGCACCGCCUCUGCCGCGACCCGCCGACGCCGUUGCCAGCUGGCGAGGGCGAGGCGGCCGCGGCGGAGGACCUCCGCACACUGGCUGUCGAGUACAACGUGCGCGGCGAGCGCACGCGCAGCUUCGAGUCAGCUCGCCACCUGCUGCGCGAGGAGGUCCUGGACGACGCCUGGCCCGUGGAGGGCCCGCGCACGGUGCAGUGGCUCAUCGAGGCCUAUGCCCACAGCGGCAUGGCCCCCGUGCCUCGCCAUCACUGGUGGAGACAGGCGCUGGGGGCGACCACGUCGGACCCGGGGAUCGACGAGCACCUCUUCCUCUCGGAGUGCAUCCAGCAUGGGCUGCAGUAUGACCAGCUCAACAUCUGCAACUUGGCCUGCUUCGAGAGCAUGGCCCGCCGCUACCAGCUCUGGGAGGAGCGGUACCAGGAGCGGAUCCGCGCCUCCACGGAGGGAUCGGUGGCGGCGGGCCUCGCGGCUGAGAGGCACUUGUUCCUCGGCGGCGACCGCGCCAAGGGCUACGCCCUCAUCUCGCCCGAGCUGGAGCGCUGGGUGGCGAAGCGCAUGGAGGAGCAGGCCGCCGUGCUCAAGGAGCGCCGCAAGGGCCGUGAGGAACGGGCUCUGGCGGCGGCGGCCACAGGCGGCGGCGGCGGCGGCGGAGCUGGCCAGCCGCUUGGCGCCGACCACAAGAAGAAGCUCAAGGACAACAAGAAGGGCAAGGACUGGCAGACUGGCACCCCGGGCGCUGGCUCGGGGGGGCAGGGCUGUCUUGCGGCAGAUCCCAGGGACCUGCUGCCGCUGCCAGCGCCCACCUCGCCUGUGCUGCGUCAAGGGGAUGCGCUGGGCUUGGGAUGGUUCUCGGCUGGUCUGCAGACCCUCAAUGAGAUGGGAGGGCGCGGUGCUGUUCGACGGCCUGGAGCAGCCUCUGGGCCUCAGACUGACGCGCUGGAGCGGCUUCGCAGCUCCUAUGCCACCGUGCCCAGCUGCCCGUCGGACCUGACCGCCGACUCGGCCACUCGCGCCGUGAUCGGCUCCGAUCCUGGCUAUGGCUUCGAUGACAUGGCCAGCGGGAAGUACGCCUCCUACCAGCGCGGGAAGGUCUCUCUUCCGCGCGUGGCCUCUGGCGCGGUGGAGCUAGCUGCUGCACUACCAGAGGGUCCACGUUCUCUGCUGAUGGGUGAGUCUGGCACUUUGCUGAUGAGAGGCUCCACAUCUUCUUCUUCGUUGGCGAAAUUGGCUUUUGACCGAAGGCUGGCAAGCAAUCCUCGCACUUAUGGGAAGUUUUUGGCUGACCUCCUCGAGCGUGACAUGCUCGAGGUGGGCACUUCGUUUUCACAGGUGGCGCCCUUCUUCGUCUACAAGAAGGAUGGGACCCUCAGGCUGAUCUUCGACACAAGGGCCUCCAACACCGAGUUCGCGGAGCCCGACUACGUCCCCCUGGCUGCGGCGCAGGCCCUCGGCAACAUCGAGCUGCAGGCGGGGGAGCGCCUCUUCGUCGCGCAGGGCGACGUCACGUGCUGCUUCUACCAGUUCUUGCUGCCAGUGCACCUGCGUGAGGCCUUUGGCCUACCGCCUGUGCCCUGGGCCGCACUGCCGCUUGCCGCUCGUCGGCUCGUUGGGGCGCCACCGCCGGACGGCUUGGUGCGCCUGCGCCUGAGAGUGGUGCCGAUGGGCUGGUCAUGGGCGGUCUACUUCAUACAGCAUGCCAUGAUGGAGAUCCUUCGCCCCUGUGCCCCGGCGGACCGCUGGUUGGCCCAGUGCGUGCCUCGCGAGCCCGUCUGCCCUGGCUCGGGGGCCUCUCUCAUCUACAUCGACAACUUCGCGGCACUUGGCACGAGCCCCACGGAGGCGAACGCUCGCCUGGAGCAGAUGCUGGGCGCCGUGGCGGCCGCUGGAGUGGACGCCGCGCCAGAGCCUGCUGGCGCCCCGCUGCUCGGGUUCGAGCUGGGCCCGACGGGCACGCAGUGGCGGCCUACGGCGAGGAAGUUUUGGAAGGUCGCGCUGGCCCUCCGCACGUUGGGCUGGGGCCGUCAGCGCCGCACAGGGCGCCAGAUUGCCCGGGCCGUCGGCCACGCCUCGGCCAUCAUGCUGCUGCGGCCCGAGAUGCUGUCCAUCUUUUCGGCCGUGUACGUCUUCGCCGACCGCUACUUCGGACAGCCGGCGCGCGUGUGGGCCUCAGUUCGGCGCGAGCUUCGAGCUGCCUGGGCGCUGCUGCCGCUCGCCGUCGCCGACAUGAGCCUACCCUGGUCGCCCGCCGUCGCCUCGGUCGACGCCUCGCUGCAUGGCUUCGGCGUCACCGAGAAGGCCUGGCCCCCCGCUGAGGUGGGCCGCGUCGGCCGCGCCUCAGAGCGGGGACGGUACCGUGGGGCGCUGCGCACCUCCCGCCGCCCGCGCUGCCUGGUCGAGGGUGAGGAGGCUGAGCCCUCGCUGAGCGACAUUGUCGACGCCUCGCCCGAGCAGCUGCGUGCGCUGGGGCUGCGCUCCGCCUUCGAGGAGGUGCCGUCGGCCCUGGCGCGCGGGGGCGACUGGGGCGUGGUGGCUGCGCGCCGCUGGAGGCGCAAGGACAAGAUCCUUGCGCUCGAGGCGGAGGCAGCCUUGUGGCAGGUUCGGCGGCUGGCCCGCAGCCGCCUGAGCGCCCAGAAGCGGCACUUAGUUCUGUCGGACUCUAUGGCCUGGGUCCUCACCUCGUGCAAGGGGCGGAGCUCGUCGUGGUACCUGCUGCGGAGGUGCCGCGAGUUUUGUGCCAUGUGCUUGGCCCUUGGAGCACGUGUUUCUUUUCGGUGGAUUCCUUCAGAGUGGAACUCGGCGGACGAGCCCAGCAGGCGCGGCUUCACGGGCCAGCGGGCGCUGCUGGGCUUCGCGAGCAGCUCGCGGCGGGGCGCUCCAAGCGGCGGGCCUUCGCGGGGCCCUUCGCCGCGGGGCUCCCUGGGCCCGAGCCCGCUGCUCUGCAGGGUGCUGGCGCCAGCGGCGAACCUGAGUCCGAGCCGGGCCCCGCCUGCCCCGAGUCGGGUGCUGCGCCCUCUGGUGGCGCCGGAGACGGGGGGCGGCGUGGCUCUCGGGAGGUCGCGGCCAGAGGGCAUUGCUCUGCCUCGCCGCCACGCCUGCCCUGCCAGCCCGCCCCCUCUGCAGCCUGCGCCGGCCUCGGGCCGGCUGCCCUGCCGCACGCUGGCUGCUGCUGGCCCCCUGGGCUUGGCCCGCCACCCUGCGCCGGGCCGCCUGGUCCCCUACCGCGGGGAGUCUGGCUCGGCGCGCCGGCUGCGCCGCGAGACGGCGCGGCGGCGCCCGGGCUCAUCGCUGCGCUCGGCCGCCCGCAGUGCGGAGGAGGCGGAGGAGCUGGGGUUCCACAUCAGCUCCCUGGCUGCCGCAGCCGUGACGACGGCAACGCAGAGCAACUACCUGAACGCCCUGCGCAAGCUGCUGGCGUGGCUGCACGUGCCCAGUGCCCCUCAGCGCCUCCCUGCAAGCGAGUGGGACCUGUUGCUGGAGCAGUACGUGGAGUUCCUGCACGACCGCGGGCUGCCCGAGGGGGAUGCCUCCAGCACGCUGGCCGCAGUGCGCUGGGCGCUGCCCGAGCUGCCGCGCCCGCUGCGCCGGGGCUUGCCGCUGGCGACUGCUGCGGUCACUGGGUGGCGCCGGCUCGAGAAGCCGCUGUCGCGGCCACCAGUCCCUCGGUCGCUGGCUGUGCUGAUGGCCCUGCGACUCUGCUCCGACGGCAAGGCGGACUACGCUUUGUUCCUGCUGUUGACGUUCGAGACGUACAUGCGGCCGAGCGAGGCGCUCAGCCUCGUCGGCCUACAGCUGGUGCCGCCCGUGCCGAACGAGAGGGGGGCCUGCCAGUUCUGGACCAUCCUGAUCCGCGCGAGCGAGCUAGACGUGCUUGGCAAGACCGGCGAGUUCGACACCAGCGUCGCCCUGGACCUGCCGCGCCACCGCCUGCUGGAGUCGGCGCUGCGCCUUCUGAAGGCCAACAGGGGGGAGCGGGAGCGGCUCUUUUUGUCCCACUACAACGACUUCCUCCUGGCCUGGAACAGCUGCCUCCUCGGCUUGGGCCUGGCGCAGCUGAAGGUGACGCCGUACUCCCUGCGUCACGGGGGGGCCUCGGAG